GCUACUCCCAUCAUCAGGCAGACCACAUAUUGAAUCCAUUAAAGAGACCAACUUUGCCUUCACCUCGUAUCUCGCCCAUACAUCAAGGAGCGAGAAACGUGUCACUCAAAAUUCGGCCGUGGCAGUUUGGCCUCACUUCAUUGCCUUCACUUCGCCUCCACCUGCCAGCCAUGCAGCGUGCUGUCACAUGCUAGACUUUCAUUCACUUCACUCACUGCCGCGCGGCGGCUGCCGCUGAUAAAGCCAUGGCCUCGAAGAUCGCCAUCAUCGGAGAUGUCAAUGGAAAGCUCGCAGCUGUCUUCGAACAGAAGCUCGCCACGAUGCAGAAGAAGCAGAACUUCGCCUUUGCGAUCAUCGCCGGCAAUCUGUUCGCAGAGCCUGCGUUGAGCACCGACGAAGACAAAGCACAACUGGAGCAGCUACUCGAUGGAAAGAUUGAAGUGCCUCUGCCGACUUACUUUACUGUCGGCACUCGAUCAUUUCCUCCCGCGGUGCUUGAGAAACUUCGAAGCAACGAUGGCGAGUUAUGCCCCAACCUCAGCGUGCUCGGUCGCAAGGCCUCUAUCAAGACUACAGAGGGCUUCAAGCUGGUUACCAUAGGCGGAAAUUACGUCGACAAGUCGUGCGACCACAUUGAGCAGCGUCCUGAGGAUGUAGACGACUAUACUGCGACCUACGACGACAAAGACCUCGAGGAAGCUGAGAACUUCAAAGACUGCGAUAUCCUUAUUACGAGCGAUUGGCCCGCGGACGUACGCGUUGGAUCGAAAAACCAGUACGAAGGACGAUCACCACCGGGCAUCCGAGGACUCGGCCAGCUUGUUACAAAGCUUAAGCCGCGCUAUCACUUCUCGACUUCUGCGCGCUUCUUCGAGCGGGAGCCAUUCUUUCACAUUGCCGAGGAUCCUCGUCCGAUUACUCGUUUCGUCAGUGUCGGCUCCUAUGGAACGGUGAAGUCCAGCGGGACAGGCGCGGAGAAGUGGAUUGCGGCCUACAAUUUUGAACCCUCAGCUCCUCCUCCUCCAAAGUUACCCGAGGGCACCACUGCGACGCCGUUUGUGCGAUCAGCAAAGCGCACUCUGGGGGAUGACUCUCCCAGACAGAAUGGCUUUCGCUUCUCGAACGGUGGUGGAAAUCGGUAUGAUGACCACGGAGGCCACCCAUUCAAGAGCUCACGGGGCAGGGGUGGUAGACGCAAUCGGUACCAACAGCACCAAGAGCCACAGGAAUGCUACUUCUGUCUGGGAAAGCCCGGUGUCGAGCAACAGCAGCACAUGAUCACCUCGAUCGGCGAGAACGCCUACACGACCAUCGCUAAAGGCCCUCUCCCCACCCACAAGACAUUCGCAAGCCUCGGAUAUCCCUACCACAUGCUCAUCAUCCCCUUGAUCCACCACCCGACCAUCAGCGCUUUCCCCGACGGAGACCGCGAAGCCACACUCCACGAAAUGCAACGAUACCGCGACGCACUCCACAGCAUGAUCAGCGCCAAAUCGGCCCAAGGCGCCGACGGAGAAGCCGAAUUCGGCGCCGUGACCUGGGAAAUCAGCAGAAGUGGAGGCGUGCACUUGCACUGGCAAUUCCUCCCCGUCCCCGCCGCAAUGUGCAACGACGGCCGCAUCGAAGCCGCCUUUGAUGUCGAAGCCGAGAAUUUCCACUAUCCCAAAUUCGCCAAAACCCCCGCCGAAAAAGCCCAAGUCCGUGAAGGUAAUUUCUUCCGAGCCAUCAUCUGGUCUGAGUCGGGUGGUGAAAAAGAAAUUCUCCUGCCUCUCGACGAUGGCAGUUUUCGAUUCGAUUUGCAAUUUGGUCGACGUGUUUUGGCCAAAUUACUCGGAUUGGAAAAUCGUGCGCAUUGGAGAGAUGUGGUGCAGAGUGUUGAGGAAGAAGCGGCUGAUGCGCAGUUUUAUAUCAAGGCAUUCAAAGAGUAUGAUUUUGCGCAUGUGGAUAAUGCGCCGGAGAAUGUGAUGAAGGUUGAGGGAGGGGAGGCAGAGGAUCAGGAGGGGAUGGAUGAGAAUGGAGAGGCAUCGAUGGGGAGGAUUUCCAUGAAGACGGAGGACAUGAAGACGGAGGACAUGAAGACGGAGGAGAUCAAGACGGAGGACAUGAAGACGGAGGAUAUCAAGACGGAGGAGAUCAAGACGGAGGAGAUCAAGACGGAGGACAUGAAGACGGAGGAGUAAAAGUUGAAAAGUGACCAAGGCAGAGCCAGAGAGAGGUACCUCUAUGCUAUAGCAUUCUUGUUUCACUACCUUACGGAUCCAAUAAAG